ACCGAGCCGACGAUGCCAAGACACUGUGGCACUCGGAGCCUCCCAGGCCCUGGUUUGGUUAUGGUGAUAAGCCUAACUUAACCUCGUGUUAUCCCUACUUCUUCCCCCCCCCAAAUUCCUUCCCCCAUUCUAUUCACUCACCAUCAACCCUAUACUGCUCCGUUCUACCUCCCUACCAUGCCUACUGCCGCUACAUCGGUAGCUGAGACGACCACUCCAGAACCAGCAAAGAAACGGGCCUGUCCUCCAAAGAACUGCCCCUGCGAGUGGUGCGGCGCAGUGUUUUCCAAGUCAGGACUCGGGAGGCAUUAUGAUUACUGGGUUUACUCCGUGAGCCCCGGAAAACCCGACGAAAAGCAUACGCCCGAUGCUAUUCAACGGAUGAGGGAGAUCCGGAAGGACGCUAGGAGGCUUAAGGGGUGUGAUAAACUUGAUCCGAAGGAGGUGAGCUUCCGCGUCCCAUCAAGCGGCCCAUAUCUCCUUUUUCCAGAAUGAUGUUGUUAAUUGCAGCAAUGCUGUAAUGAUAAUAUAGAUCAAAUCCCGUCAGAAUAAGAGAAACUACGAACGCCAUAAAGGUCGACACGUUGAAAAGAAGCGCGCCAAAAGGAUGUCCGAGAUGGCAAGGAGCAUGGUUUUGAAGGAGAUUGCUAUGGAGAUUUCAGCAAUGUAAACCUCCCCGUUCCUCUCUCGAUUAAUUUCUAUUUAUCCACUUGAUUUCCUAAUAGUACCACUACCCCUUCCUCCCCAACCCUGGAACCGGAUUCCGAGGGCCUUGUCAACUUUCCGGCGUUGGUCUACGCAUUUGUCUCUCCUCGCUCAGACGUAUCCUCCUCCGCACGUAACCGCAGCCUCAGCUCUUGGGGCGACCAAAUUCCCGGAGACACGGAGUACGCUGAGCUCGUUGCAAAAUUCAAACAACCGGACCUCAGCAAGUGGUCUCAGAGGCUAGACCAAGAGUGGCAAAAUUGGGGAUCGCUAUCAGAGCUCGAGAAGAGCAAGCUUUGUUUCCAGGAAAUGGGCCGUGCCUUAUCGAGGAGCCAGGCGGAUGCCGCUGCAUACAAGCCGUACGCAAGGAUUCUCGGUAAAUUAGGAGGUGAAGAGUUGGGGAAUAGGAUUAUUAAAUGGGAAGGCAGAGCUACCCAGCUUCGCGCCCAAAAAGGGAGAGCUGAAGAGCUCCAACUGGAGAAGGAAUGGAUGGUCACUAGAGAUGACCAGCAUCUCAGCCAUGACAACGCCCCGACCGAAGGGGGGGCCUCGGGCAGCGGUGAGGGCAAUUGGCGCAAUGGUAGGAGGGGUGGAAGUGAUUCGGGAGCAUCAAGCUCCGGGGAUGACACCGAUUAGCCACGAUUGGUAACAGUUUAUUUGACUGCCGGUAUAUCCUUCAAAAAGGAGACUACCAACCGAUCGCUUUGCCAUAGCAGCUAUUCAGCAAAAAUGUCAGCAAAAAAAAAAAAAAAAACAUACACAAAUAUGGCUCACCAACAGCACAAAUUUGUUGUAUUAACGAAUAAUGACCUCCAUCUAUAGUUAGCUUCUUGUUUUUGUUUCUGCUUUUGCCCCUGACCUCUUCCCCUUUGAUGGGCCCAUUCUUGUCCAUCUCGUGUCCUGAGAUGCUACCCCCUUUUCCCGGAAAAGAAAAAACGCAAGCUUUCAGCUGGUAUUUGUUGUUCCCGUAGGUAGGAAUGAAUUGGAUCCUUUGGGAGUGGUGGUAGCAUGCUUACUGGUUUUUUACACAUAUAGUCUGCGAUUAACUGUUUCAGGGUAUGAUACUCAAAUUGAUAAGUCUUUUGUUGUUGUUCUUUCGUCCAUUUGAAGAAAAAGAAAAAAAAGAAAAAAAAUCCCCCACCCGGGGCCUGUUGGAACCGAGACCAGGUUAGAUCUCUGAUUAUUUCUUAUUUUUUUUUUACGCAUGUAAAAGGCGUCGCGGUAGUCAGGUUAUGUGAUGCUACGAUAUGUAGAUUUGCUAGGGCGCGGAGUCGGUUAUAGGCAAGUUUUAAAGGAUGCCGAGUAGGGCGGUUCAGCUGGGGGGGUAUUCAAAGUUUGGGUGAUCCAGCGCCAGGGAAGUUUUCUGAAAUUGGGUUCACUGAGGAGUGCUCAUAGGAUGUCGAGUCGGGUGAUUCAACUAAGGGGAUA